AUGCGCUCGUACCUGAGGCUCAAGUCGGGCUGCGCCCGGGACGCCGAGGUCGCCCGGGCCCGGGCCCGCACACGAGCCCGGGCCCGGGAAGCCGGGUGGGCGUCGUGGGCCGACGCUACGCUGGCGCCGCGGCUACAAGCCUGGUGCGGUCGCAAGGCGUGCGGGGUGCUCGCAGUCGCCUUUGCACUCGCGGUGCUGGUAGCGGCCGCAACGAGCGUGCUGGCGCCUGCUCUGGCACGGAGCGUGGCUGCCGCGGGCGUCGGGCACACCCACAUGUUCCUUCCGCGGGUGCUUGGCAAGGCGCCAGCCUAUCUCGGGCCAUCGGUCGAGGCGCUGGCGGCGCAGACUAGCCUGCCUGCGUCUGCGCUGGUGGAGCCGAUCCGAGUCGUUCGGGUUCGGUCGCGGUGGGACCUGCAUCCGCCGGCGAUGUGGCUCGGGUGGGGCGAGAGCGCGGCCAACUCAUGGGUGAGCGGGCGGCACGGCGAGCGCCGGCGCGGCGUCUUCCUUCCGUGGCUCUCCGCAGAGCUCACCCGUGCACCUUGUCCAGUGAUGUGCGAGGUGACGAGCAACGGCUCGGCGAUCGACGACGCCGACGCUCUAGUGUACGAGCCGUCGAACGCACAGCUUUGGUUCGGCCGCCACUGGCGAAGGUAUCCGCUCGACUUUCCUCAGACGCGGGGCACCAAGCCGUGGCGCAAGACCGUCGCCGUUGUCUACGAGGUGCCGUCGUCGUUCGACUCGGUCGCCAACGUCUCAGCCGAGUACGACUGGCUGGCAACGUAUGCGCUCGACGCGCAGCUCCCGAUCUCGCUCUUUUGUGGCUUUGGCUACGCGUGGCAGGACUUGUUUGCGCCGACAGCCGGGACGGUGACCGGCGCGCGCCCGCUGCCGGCGCUGCGCCCGCUGCGGGCCAAGAUUCCUGCGGCAGUCUACAUUGCGUCGAGGUGCUCAAGCGCUGAUGCUCGAGCGCGCGACGCGUACGUGGCGCAGCUAGCGCGCUGGUUUCCGGUCGUCUCGUUUGGUGAGUGCCUACACAACGCAGAUAUGCCGGGCGAGCUUGCCGGCGGAGGGCAGUGGCCGCGCCCGUGGCAUUCGAAGAUUGCAGUCCUCUCGCGGUACGCCUUCUACCUCGCCUUUGAGAAUGCCAACGUCACCGACUGGAUCACCGAGAAGCCGAUGCACGGUUGGCUCGCCGGGACCGUCCCGGUCGUCAUGGGCGCCCGCCUCGAGCCGCACUGGUCACCCGGCGCCGGCUCACACAUCCACGUCGCCGACUUUGACUCGCCGGCCGCGCUCGGGCUCCGUCUCGCCGCCAUCUCCCGCAGCGAGGCAGCUUACAACGAUCACUUUGCCUGGCGGCAGCGCCCGCCGCCACCUGCCUUUGUUGACCGUGUCUCUCAGUGCGCCUUCUACGCCGAUUGUCGCCUCUGCCUCCAGCUGGCGCAGGCGCGGCACGAGUAUCGCCUCGCUGCCACCCGCACUCGACCGCCCAACGCUGGGAGUGGGCGCGGGCCGAAGUUGACGUGA